AUGUUCCAACCAUUAGGAACUAGCAUAACUAGUAAACUUAAGAAAAUAGUCUUUGCACAAAAUAAAGUUUGGUCCAAUGUCUCUGCAGGCAUUGAGAGCUGGAGCUGGUCAUCAAGGCAGUUAUCUCUUCAAUCUGGAGGAACGGUCACCAUCCCUUGUCAUUAUAACAUGAAAUAUAUACAACAUAAGAAAUACUGGUGCUAUGAUGCUAAAGCAGCAUUUAAUUACUGUAAGAUUCUGGCUUAUGGAAAUACUACAAAAGGUAGAGUAACGGUGACUGAUUAUCCAGCUCAGAGUCUCUUUACUGUGACUAUGAGAGAUCUGCGGAGUGGAGACACUGGAAUGUACUGGUGUGCUGUGGAGAUUGAGGGAUUGUGGCCUGAUGUUAAAGAAGACAUUUAUAUCACAGUGAAAUCAGUUCCUGAUAUGUCUGUAGAGGAGAGCAGUGUGAGUGGCCAGGAAGGGGGCAGUGUUAGCGUCCAGUGUCUCUACAGUGCUGGACAUCAGAACGAACUGAAGCAGUGGUGCAGAUCUAAAGACCAGAGGUGCUACACAGUGGGAAGGACUGACACAUCCCAGAAUUCAGCAGUGCAGAUCAAUGAUGAUGGGAGAAGAUCCUUCAGUGUGGAGAUGAGUGGACUGCAGAAGAGUGAUGCUGGCUGGUACUGGUGUAAAACUGGAGAUCUGCAGGUUCCUGUUCAUCUCAGUGUCAGUGAUGCUCCUCCAGCAGUGACAGCAGCAUCUGACAUUCACAAAACCAGGAUCAGUGAGAGCUCAUCAGCUGUGAUGGCAAAAACCAAGAAAAUUGACACUACUAAGAGCACUCCAGUUUGGACUACAGCAACAACGUCAGGUUCUGGCACUGAGAAACUCACGGUGAGACUCUUCCUUCCUGAUAUCAAUGCCUACACUGACAUUCUCUCCACAAGUCAGUGCUUCCCAAACUGUGGUUCUCAUAGAUUCUGGUUCCUUUCAUUAAGAUCGAUUCACUUAAAUAUCAAGAGUCAGUUCUACUCAGUGGGUGAGCAGAUAGAGAAAGAGACCAGUGCGGGAGUCCAGCAAAAGUAUGAGUACUCCAGCUCCAGGUUCGGAUGGUUGGUUCACAAAUAUGGGCCUUGCUCGCCAUCUAGCGUCCAUUCGGUGCACUGGCCACGUGCAGCCGAGCGAUGA